AUUCCAUCUACUUGCAUCAUUAUUUUGGGUGCAGGAGAAUAUGAAGUAAAAGAUAGUGAUUAAGGUGUCAAUGCACUGUGACAAAUGCCGCCCAAAGGCCAUGAAGAUAGCUGCAGUAGCAGACGAUAGGUUUACUGAUCAUGAUCUCUCAUUAAGGAAUCUGUGCGUGACAUCAGUGGCAUUCCAUGGGGAAGACAGAGAUAGCCUGUUGAUAGAGAGAGAUGGAGUUGAUGCAGCCUGCUUGACUAUUUCCUUGAGAAAGAAAUUUUGCCAUGCAACCCUGGCAACAGUUGAGGAAAUCAAACCCAAAGAAGAGAACAAGGAUGGAGACGAAAACAUGAGGACCUCUAUAGAGAUGAGGGAUGAGCCACAAGGAAUCUUGACCACAUUCACUAGCAUUGAUCUCUCAAAUAACAAGUUUGGAGGAGAAAUUCCAGAGCUUAUUGGAAAGCUUAGUUAUCUCAAAGGGCAUAAUCUUUCUCAUAACAAACUUACUAGUCCUAUCUCACCGUCACUAGGGAAUUUGAAAAUUCUUGAAUGGUUGGAUCUCUCUUCCAACACGCUAGUAGGGAAAAUUCCAGAUGAAUGGGUAUCUUUGACACAACUUUCUUUAUUGAAUCUUUCAAAUAAUCAUCUUGUUGGAUGCAUACCAGAAGGCAAUCACUUCAGCACUUUUGGAAAUGAUUCUUAUGAAGGAAACCUUGGACUGAGUGGAAUCCCAUUAUCAAAAUCUUGUGAUGGAAUUGGGACUCCGCAGAGCUCCUUCCAAGACAAAGAUGAAUUGUGUAGAUUUGGCUGGAGAGUCGUGGUGCUAGGCUAUGGAUAUGGAAUUGUUUUUGGACUGCUGAUGGGAUAUCAUGUCUUCCGAACAGGAAAACCAAACUGGUUUGUAUCUUUAUUUCAUGGCCGACCAAGUCAAAGCGACAGGAAGAUGAGAAAAGCCAGAGGACUCGUUCAAAGAAGAAAGUAGUUGCAAAGUUGAUGUUAUAGACCUUCUGAUUUAAUGAUUUCCUGAAUAUAAGUGCUCUUUGGGUUUAAAAUUCUUGUUAUGGUUGGCACUGGUUUGUAUAAAAUUGCCAGCCUUCUCUUCUCUUUAUGGUUUGUAAUUUUGUGUUUCUUUAUUGUAAAAUAUGUUUGAAGGUUUAAUUUGUUAAUCUUUCUUGGUUAUGUGUAAAUAGUUUGUUUCAUUUGAAUCUAUUUCCAGUUUCCUUCUUUACAGUUUUGUUCUUGAGAUUCCCAUUAGCACAGUCAUUAAAAUUCUUGCUUGACA